UAAACAAGGCCCAUUCCUGUUGCAUUUGGUGUAGAAUACACACCAAAUAAGAAAAUCUGACAAACACAUUAUUUAGACCAAUAAGUGUGCCACUGUGGUGGUGGGGGUGGAGGGUGCCCACACUUCGCAGAGCCAAUCAGCUGGGCAUGCAGAUGACGUGCUGCCGUCCUACGUCAGUCCCACCAGCAUCAGGGUUUCACACACACACUCCCUCUCGGAGCCCCCCCUGCCCCGACAGCAGAAGACACAUCAAGGCGUGCAGGCUUUGCAGCCAGCUUGACAGUGGACCUAACAUCGCCUUACUUUAUCACCAUGGGAGACAUGGGGGAUCCACCGAAAAAAAAACGGCUGGUGUCUCUGUGUGUGGGCUGUGGAAACCAGAUCCACGACCAGUACAUCCUGCGGGUCUCCCCGGAUUUGGAGUGGCAUGCCGCCUGUCUCAAAUGCGCCGAGUGCAGUCAAUACUUGGACGAGUCAUGCACGUGCUUCGUCCGGGACGGCAAAACGUACUGUAAACGGGACUAUAUCAGAUUAUACGGGAUUAAAUGCGCAAAGUGCAACAUCGGUUUCAGCAAGAACGACUUUGUAAUGAGGGCCCGAUCCAAAGUCUAUCACAUCGAAUGUUUCCGCUGCGUGGCCUGCAGCAGGCAGCUCAUCCCGGGUGACGAAUUCGCUUUGCGCGAAGACGGCCUUUUCUGCCGGGCCGACCACGACGUGGUGGAGCGGGCCACACUGGGCCACGGAGACCCGCUCAGUCCACUGCACCCCGCCAGGCCGCUGCAAAUGGCAGCAGAACCCAUCUCCGCACGGCAGUCUGCACUUCGGCCCCACAUCCACAAACAGCCCGAGAAGACGACUCGGGUUCGGACAGUACUAAAUGAGAAGCAGCUCCACACGUUGCGAACUUGCUACAACGCCAACCCGAGGCCCGACGCUCUGAUGAAGGAGCAGCUGGUGGAGAUGACGGGCCUUAGCCCGCGCGUCAUCCGGGUCUGGUUCCAGAACAAGCGCUGCAAAGAUAAGAAGAGGAGCAUUCUGAUGAAGCAGCUUCAGCAACAGCAGCCAAAUGACAAAACGAAUAUCCAGGGAAUGACAGGCACCCCGAUGGUGGCGGCCAGUCCGGAGCGGCACGACGGCGGCAUCCAAGCCAACCCGGUGGAGGUGCAGAGCUACCAGCCGCCCUGGAAGGUCCUCAGCGACUUUGCUCUGCAGAGCGACAUCGACCAGCCCGCGUUUCAGCAACUGGUUAGUUUUUCAGAGGGUGGCCCAGGUUCCAACUCCACUGGCAGCGAGGUAGCGUCCAUGUCAUCUCAGCUUCCAGACACACCGAACAGCAUGGUGUCCAGUCCCAUCGAGGCCUGAGCGCAAUACUGUUUGGACGGACUGACCCUCCUCAUGUUCAUCUCAUGACCUCUGGACUGCACCGAACAACCCGCCGGGUUGUGUUUUUUGACACUGUGAAGACAAUCAUGGGAUUUUACCAUCGUCGCCCAGUUCUUGAAUCCACGCAGAAGAGAGACGUUUGCAGCACUCAAACCGAUGCUGCUUUUUUUUUUUUUUUUUUUUUUGCCAAAAGAGAAGACUCAAACCGGGCUUCGUUAAGACUUUGGACCUUUCAGUGGGAGACGAAAUAAAUCCCAACUUCGAGAACGUUUUUCUUAAAAUCGGUUAAUCGCCAUUCCCUCUCGAGGAAAACCACCUUGUUUUUCUUCAUUAAAUUCUACAAUUCCACUCAUGCCCCAUGAAAAAGCAUUUUCAACAAGGUAUACCUCUAUUUCGCCACAAGCUUCGCGGGACAUUUGCGUGCGACACAUGCGUGAGUUCGGCUCGCCCGAGAAAAUGGUUUUCUUUUCCAAAGAUGUGUAUACCUGCUCAUGAAUGAGUUAUAUAGACAUUAGCUCUUUGUUUCCGUGGAAAAUAAUAUUUAUUAUUUAUUGUCGACAAAAUUGCCACGUUUUGUGUAAUUUUCUUAAUUGAAGUAAAAGGACGAUUGGUCUUUUUUUCCCCCCCUUCUCACACUAAUUGUGAUAUGUAUUCUCAAAAAUAUGCAGAGCGCAUCUCCCCUAUUCUCAAUUAGAAAAUUGGGUGAGCUCUUCAUCAGAGACGUUUUGGAAUUCACGAUUGAAACUUUCUUUUCUUGUUUCUGACAAUAACAUCCCGAAUUAUAAUGCUUAUUUAUGAAUCUAUUGAAAUAUACAUGUUUUAUUUAUUUCAGUUAAUCAUAUUUAUUGAUUGGGACACGUAGAGUUUUGAUCCACUCAGGCAAAUGCCACGCAUUUUGGGGGGUAAGGGGUUGAUAUUUUAACAUGCAGGACUAUAUAGAAAACUAUAUGAACUGGGGAAAAAAAACCUUUUGAAGACAAAAGUGUUUUUUGUAAUUUUAUUUUAUUUUAUUUAUUAUUAUUAUUAUUAUUAUUUUUUUGUGAGGGGGUGCUCUUAAAAUAAAUGGAUCGAUCCAGGCACUGAUCUCUUUGCCACAAAGUAAAUGACAGGUCUGUUUUCAAUCAUGGCUCACUUAUUUCGACCACUUAAUUAUCUGGGUUUUGUCCUGUUUGUUGUUGUUUUUCUAAUGUUAUUUAUAUUGAAUGGAAGUAAAGACGAUAAUGUCAACUAUUGUAAAUCCUUACCAUUUCAUUUCCUUCGUUGUUUUUAAACGAAUAAUUUACAGACAUGUGUUAAGUUGAAUUCAAUUAAGAGAAAGCACAAAGUACUGUAUUUGAAGUAGAUUCUGCCGGUGAAACGGAGCUCUUUUUUAUUUAUUUAUUUAUUUAUUUUUUAAUCAUGUUUAUUGUUUCAUUCUACUUUCUAAACAUAUCAGAAAA